AUGGUUGUCAUUCUAAGUGAAGUGUACCUCCUCACAUGCAGGAUUGUUGAGAAUGAUUUUUACAAGCAAGACUGGCGGAGUAGGGGCAAGGCAGAGAUAUAUCAGUAUAUAUUUAUGAAAUGGAUACUUUGUUUUUUUAUUGGGCUUAUGAUGAGCCUCAUUGGGUUUUUCAACAACCUUGCUGUGGAGAAUAUAGCUGGCUUGAAAUUUGUUAUCACCUCCAAUAUGAUGUUGGCAAGAAAGUUUGCUGUGGCCUUUUUCGUAUUUGCUUCUUCAAAUCUUUCCCUCACAUUGCUUGCUAGUUUGAUAACCGCAUUUAUAGCGCCUGAGGCUGCUGGUUCAGGUAUACCAGAGGUUAAGGCUUACCUGAAUGGUGUAGAUGCACCUGCAAUAUUUUCGUUCCGAACUUUGCUAGUCAAGAUAGCUGGAAGCAUAUUAGCCGUAUCGUCAUCUCUUAAUAUUGGAAAGGCAGGGCCAAUGGUUCAUACAGGUGCUUGCAUAGCUGCAAUAAUGGGUCAGGGUGGGUCAAAGAAGUUGAGAUUGAGAUGGAAGUGGUUAGAGGUAUUUAAUAAUGAUAAGGAUAGACGAGAUCUUGUCACAUGCGGAUCUGCUGCAGGAAUAGCUGCUGCCUUUCGAGCCCCCACUUGGAAGUGGAAGAAGGUUCCCACUGUAUCAAAAGAAUUAGUCAAUAUCCAAGAGUGGAGAAGUGCUCUGUUGUGGAGAUGUUUCUUCACAACCGCUGUCGUUGCCAUAGUCCUUCGAGGUCUCGUUGAUGUCUGUCUAAGAGGCAAAUGUGGACUAUUCGGUAAAGGAGGCUUGAUAAUGUAUGACGUCACAGCCGAAAACAUAUCCUAUCAUCUCAACGACGUUCCUCCCGUUCUUGUUCUCGCAGUUAUAGGGGGUCUAUUAGGAACCUCCUGCCGUCCAUGCCCACCCGAUGCCUCCGAGCCGUGCCCCACGAUCGGACGUUCCGGAAACUUCAAGAAGUUCCAAUGCCCUCCCGGCUACUACAACGACCUCGCCAGCCUCUUGUUCAACACAAACGACGACGCCAUCAAGAACCUCUUCAGCAAGGACACGGACACCGAGUUCCAUCACUCCUCAAUGCUCCUAUUCUUCGCCACCUGUUUCUUCCUUAGCGCCUUCAGCUACGGGAUCGUGGCCCCCGUGGGCCUCUUUGUCCCCGUCAUCGUCACUGGUGCCGCUUACGGCCGUUUUGUGGGGAUGUGUGUGGGCCAAAGGUCCAAUCUCAACCACGGCCUUUUUGCUGUCCUGGGCUCUGCCUCUUUAUUGGGCGGGUCCAUGCGCAUGACUGUCUCCUUGUGCGUGAUUGUUCUUGAACUUACGGAUAACCUUAUGUUGCUUCCUCUCAUAAUGAUUGUCCUUCUCAUCUCCAAGACGGUGGCCGAUGUGUUUAGUGGGAACAUUUUCGACUUGAUUAUGAGUUUGAAGGGAUUUCCUUAUUUGGAAGCUCACGCCGAGCCGUACAUGAGGCAAUUGACGGUGGGCGAUGUGGUCACUGGCCCGCUUUGGAUUUUUCGUGGGAUAGAGAAAGUGGGUAAUAUAGUGCACGUGUUGAGGACCACGGGGCAUAAUGGGUUUCCGGUGGUGGACGAGCCGGAGUUGUACGGUUUGGUUCUCAGAGCUCAUCUUGUGGCUUUGUUGAAGGCAAAAGUGUUCUCCGCAACACCCGCGCCGUUGGGUUCGGAUGCGUUUUUAGGGUUAUCGGCUGAUGAUUUUGCGAACAAGGGUUUGGAUGAAAUUGAGGAUGUGAAGUUGUCGGAAGAGGAGAUGGAGAUGUACCUCGAUUUGCAUCCUUUCACGAACACCACUCGUGCUUUUUCGGGAAGUUGGUUUGAGGCACUUGCUCGUUAUUCCCAAGGUUUCUGGGCGGGUUCCAGUUGUGGGUAUAUUGACGAGGCACGAUUUCAUGCCAGAUCACAUCCUGAAUUUGCAUCCCAAUUUGCUGCGGAGCAAAUGGAGGAGCCACCUGCCGCAAGAGCAUCCAAUCCCGGUGAGUUCAAACUCACGCCGCCCGGCAACCGUACGCCUGACCCUCCCCGACGAGCCUCAUCCUCCGCUGAGCACGACCACCAGCCUUGUCCGGCUUCUCGCAAAAUAUCCCAGCGACCUGCGAUUUCCGACCAACAUCCGACGCUUAGAUCUGGUGAGAAAGAUGAAGAUCCAGAUCUGGUAAAGUGUGAGUCCGACGAGUUGGGUUCGAGGUUGAGGUGGAAGGGCGGUCUUCUUCUGAAGAAGAAUCAUCAAACUCACAAGCGGCAACGCCGAUGGUGGAAAAAGAGGCGCCUGACUCCAGCUGCAGAGAGUCAAAAAUUGAGAAUCAUAACCACACUCCCCUUUUGGGAAGAGUACGCGAAAAGCUCUUAUAAUGGGGUCCCUCCGCCUUUAGUCGAGACUCACUUCGUUCUCCUCUACUGGAACCAGACCUGCAAAAUGAAGCAAGUCACUUUUCACUCGGAGAAGAUAAUUGAAAUUGCAAAAGUUGCAUCUCAUAUAGCUGCAAAAAAUGGGAAAGCGCGCUCGGUCAUUAGCUCUACGCGAAAAGCUCUUGGUUGUUGGCCCCGCUUUCAGAGGCGUCAAUCCUUCGUUAAAGUGGGUGCGAAAGUACGUCCUUACAGGUGCAAACCAGGAUCAAUUGCGCGCGAACUCUUCUCCCUUUUCAUUAAAUGGCAAGGCGCUUUCUCGAUCCAGCAGCCAAAUUCUACAGAUCAAGGUACACCUAAAUUCUUUGCUUUAGAUCACGUAUUCAACCAGACAUUGGCUGGCUUUGAGACACCCGGGCGCGAGGCUUUGUGUCUUCGGGGGGUCUUUCUCUCUGCGGGGACCUUGAUGAAAGACCACAAAGGCCCCCUAAAGUCAUCUUUUGAGACUCCAUCAGAUACUCUGCCCGGGAUUUGGCCUUGCUCUUCGCCUUACCGAGUUGAUAACAUCUACACCGGAAACAAAAACUCUACCAACGCUUCUUCCCAACAAACGAAGCGAAGCCUUAUGACAAUGGUUCAAUCUAUAAAGGAAGGACAAUCGAUCGCACUUGGCGCAGAACCACCUAAGGGUGGCUCUUUAUUCCCUCAAGACUUGCGUCUUCUUUUUCUUUCACCCUUUAUCCCCGAAAUAGGGAGCUACGAGCAAGUCUGCUCCAGAAAGAAAAGAAGCCAGGCAGGUCCUUUUCCGCUUGAUCGCUAA